CCGGCGGGGAAACUACGACUCCCAGCGAGCCCCGGGGCCUGGCGUAGCCCGGGCAGCCAAUGGGAGGGCCGCUUUGCCUCGGCGCUGACUUGCGCGUGGAGCUUUGUGUGCGUGAGGAGAAAGCGGAGGCGGAGGGCGCGGGAACGAGCAGGGCCGAGGCCGGGACUCGGCGAGCGCGAGGAGGAGAGCGCCAGCGCCCCCUCCCUUCCCCCCAACUCGGUGCCGCCCCCCCCAGCCCCGCGCCCCCGUCGGCUUCCCCGCGGCCUUGCGGCUCUGUGGCCGCCCGGGACGGCGGCCGUGGUGGAAGCGGUGCUCGGAGGCGGCGGCGGCGGCAGUAGCGGAAACGCCGCAGAAAUUGAGACCGGGGAUCGAGCGCGGCCUACUGCGGGGCCUGGCCCGCCCCCUCGCCGAGCCUGGCCCGGCCUGGCCCGGUUCCUUCCUGCCCAGCGCCUGCGUUUUGUGUCUGCUGCGAUCGGUCCGAGACGGCGGGGGGAGUUAGAAUGGAACAGACUGAAGGUGAGGCCCUAUGAGAAAAAGGGAAAGCUAAGGAUGCUGGAGCAGAACAAUGGAUUUCUCCUUCUCUUUCAUGCAAGGGAUCAUGGGAAACACAAUUCAGCAACCACCUCAACUCAUUGACUCGGCUAACAACCGCCAAGAGGAUGCUUUUGAUGCCAGCAGCGACAUCACUGAAGAUGGUAGACAGACGCCAUAUGAAGCUGCCCUUGCCUUGCAGCAAGGUUUUCAGUACCCUACACCAACAACAGAGGACCUUCCACCCCUCAUUAAUGGAUUUCCACCAAUCAGCAUGUAUGAACCCCAAGCCAAAUACCAGUCAUACAGUCAGUAUCCCAAUGGUUCAGCCAAUGGGUUUGGCACAGUUAGAAACUUUAGUCCCCCAGAGUAUUAUCAAAUGGAGAACUCUAACAUAAGGCCACAUGAAAUUCUGGAAAAAACAUCUCCCCCACAGCCACCACCUCCUUCUGUAUCCCAGACGGUGAUUCCAAAGAAGACUGGUUCACCAGAAAUCAAAUUAAAAAUAACCAAAACUAUCCAGAACGGCAGGGAAUUGUUUGAGUCCUCUCUGUGUGGGGACCUUUUAAAUGAAGUACAAGCAAGUGAGUAUGCGAAGUCAAAACACGAAGGGAGAAAAGAGAAAAGGAAAAAAAGUAGCAAACAUGACUCUUCCCACUCAGAAGAGCGUAAAUCACGUAAAAUUCCAAAACUAGAGCCAGAAGAACAAAAUAGACCAAAUGAGAGGCUUAGCAUGCUGUCUGAAAGACCAAGGGAAGAAACUAUACUGUUGGAUGAAACUCCGGCCCAGCAGGAGUCUCCUCCUCCUCCAGUGCAAAUAGCAAGCGAAAUCAAGUUUGAGGUUGGAGAUCUGGUCUGGUCCAAGGUGGGGACGUAUCCUUGGUGGCCUUGCAUGGUUUCCAGCGAUCCACAACUUGAGGUUCAUACCAAAAUUAACACAAGAGGUGCACGGGAAUAUCAUGUUCAGUUCUUUAGCAACCAGCCUGAGAGGGCAUGGGUGCAUGAAAAGCGGGUACGAGAGUACAAAGGACGCAAGCAGUAUGAUCAGUUGGUGGCGGAGGCUGCUAAGCAAGCCAACCAUUCUGAAAAACAGAAGAUCCGCAAACCAAGGCCACAGAGAGAGCGUGCGCAGUGGGACAUUGGCAUCGCCCAUGCCGAGAAAGCAUUGAAAAUGAGCCGGGAAGAGAGGAUAGAGCAGUACACCUUCAUCUACGUAGAUAAAGAGCCAGAGGAGGCUUUGUCAAAAGCCAAGCAGACUGGUGUGCCUAAAACAGAGGCCAAAAAGAUUCGGCGAUCUAAACCGUCGCCUAAUCCUCAACCAGAACAGACCAGUGAGGAUUCUGCAGUCUCUUCUCCAUCCAGUACUGAGGUGCGGAGGCAUAGUCAGAGAAGGCAGCCCAGCGUGGAUGAAGAGCCACCUCCUGUGAAAAUCGCAUGGAAAACUGCUGCAGCCCGGAAAUCCUUACCCGCCUCAAUAACCAUGCACCAGGGAACCUUUGACCUUCAGAAAUGUAAUAUGUCUCCAGUUGUUAAAAUUGAACAAGUUUUUGCUCUCCAGAAUGCUGCUGGGAAUGGAAAGUUCAUUGAUCAGUUUGUUUACUCCACCAAGGGUUUAGGAAACAAACCAGAAAUCAUUAUCAAGGGGCAAGAAAAACUCACUUCAGUCACAAGCCAGCGAAAUGAGAGAGCCUCUUCACAAAGCACAGCCUCUCCUGAAACAUCUUCUGGGUUGGCAAGUUCUGUAGAAAAGAAGCAACAGAGAAGAUCAAUACGAACUCGCUCAGAGUCUGAGAAAUCCACUGAAGUUGUGCCAAAGAAGAAGAUCAAAAAGGAGCAGGUAGAAACAGUCCCACAGACAGCAGUGAAGACUGGAUUACAGAAAGGUGCCAGUGAGAUUUCAGAUUCUUGUAAACCUCUAAAGAAAAGGAGUCGUGCCUCAACAGAUGUAGAACUGACUAGCUCAGCAUACAGAGAUACAUCCGAUUCGGAUUCAAGAGGACUUAAUGACCUACAGGGUAGCUUUGGAAAGCAGUCAGACAGCCCAUCAGCUGCAGCAGAUGCUGAUGCUUCAGAUGUACAGUCUGUGGACUCUAGUUUAUCAAGAAGAGGUUCUGGGACAAGCAAGAGAGACACUGUUUGUCAGAUUUGUGAAAGCUCUGGUGAGUCUCUGUUGUCCUGUGAAGGCGAGUGCUGCAGAGUCUUCCACACGGAAUGCCUAGGAUUGAGUUCUCAUCCCGAUGGGAAGUUUGUCUGCCUGGAAUGCAAAAAUGGGCAGCAUACAUGUUUUUCUUGCAAGCUUCCUGGGAAAGACGUGAAGCGCUGCUCUGUCAAUGCGUGUGGUAAAUUUUACCACGAGGCCUGCGUCCGCAAAUUUGCUACAGCGGUCUUUGAGUCUCGGGGAUUCCGUUGCCCGCAGCAUUGCUGUACCACCUGCUCCAUGGACAAAGAUAUUCAUAAAGCAAGCAAAGGUCGCAUGGUGAGAUGUUUGAGAUGCCCCAUUGCCUAUCACUCGGGAGAUGGCUGUAUUGCUGCAGGAAGUUUGUUUGUGUCAUCCCACAUUCUCAUCUGUAGUAACCAUUCCAAAAGGAGCAAUCACUCUUCAUCAGCUGUAAAUGUAGGCUUUUGUUUCGUUUGUGCAAGAGGGCUGAUAGUGCAGGAUCAUUCAGACCCCCUGUUCAGUUCAUAUGCCUUUAAGUCUCACUACCUACUGAAUGAAUCAAAUCGUGCUGAGUUGAUGAAAUUACCUAUGAUUCCUCCUUCUUCGUCAGCUUCCAAAAAGAAAUGUGAGAAAGGUGGAAAAUUGUUGUGCUGUGAAUCGUGUCCUGCAUCCUUCCACCCAGAAUGUCUUAACAUCGAGAUGCCAGACGGCUCCUGGAACUGCAAUGACUGUAAAGCUGGCAAGAAACUGCGGUACAAGCAGAUUGUUUGGGUCAAGCUUGGAAAUUACAGGUGGUGGCCAGCUGAGAUCUGCAAUCCCAGGUCUGUCCCUCUCAACAUACAGGGCCUCAAACAUGAUAUCGGGGACUUCCCAGUAUUUUUCUUUGGUUCACAUGACUACUAUUGGGUUCAUCAGGGCAGAGUAUUCCCUUACGUUGAAGGAGACAAAAGUUUUGCUGAGGGGCAAACUAGUAUUAACAAGACUUUCAAGAAAGCACUUGAAGAAGCAGCAAAGCGCUUCCAGGAACUGAAAGCACAAAGAGAAAGCAAAGAAGCACUUGAGAUUGAGAGGAAUUCAAGAAAGCCGCCUCCCUACAAACACAUUAAAUCCAACAAAGUAGUGGGGAAGGUUCAGAUUCAGGUUGCAGACUUGUCAGAAAUUCCCCGCUGUAACUGCAAGCCAACGGAUGAGAAUCCUUGUGGCCUGGAAUCAGAGUGUUUGAAUCGCAUGCUGCAAUAUGAGUGCCAUCCUCAAGUGUGCCCUGCAGGAGAGCGCUGCCAGAACCAGUGUUUCACCAAAAGACUCUAUCCGGAAGCAGAAAUUAUAAAAACUGACCGGCGAGGCUGGGGUCUUCGAACAAAACGAAACAUUAAAAAGGGUGAAUUUGUAAACGAGUAUGUUGGUGAACUAAUUGACGAGGAAGAAUGCAGAUUGCGAAUCAAGCGUGCCCAUGAGAACAGUGUGACCAAUUUUUAUAUGCUAACUGUUACAAAGGACCGCAUAAUAGAUGCUGGCCCAAAGGGGAAUUACUCUCGCUUUAUGAACCACAGCUGCAACCCCAACUGUGAAACUCAGAAGUGGACAGUGAAUGGAGAUGUCAGAGUUGGGCUUUUCGCUCUUUGUGAUAUUCCUGCAGGGAUGGAGUUAACGUUUAAUUAUAAUUUGGAUUGCUUGGGGAAUGGCAGAACUGAAUGCCAUUGUGGAGCAGAUAACUGCAGCGGAUUCUUAGGAGUGCGGCCAAAGACGGCAUGUGCAACAGCAAAUGAAGAGAAGGCAAAGAACGCAAAGUUAAAGCAGAAGAAACGGAAAAUAAAAACAGAACAGAAGCAGAUGCAUGAGGACAACUGUUUCCAAUGUGGAGAUGGGGGUGAAUUGGUCAUGUGUGACAAAAAAGACUGUCCCAAAGCCUACCAUCUCCUCUGCCUUAAUUUGACACAGCCACCCUAUGGGAAGUGGGAAUGUCCAUGGCACCAGUGUGACAUCUGUGGCAGCCCUGCGACCUCAUUCUGCGAGUUCUGCCCUCAUUCUUACUGCAAGGAUCAUGAAAAGGGGGCUCUUGUGGCCUCCGCCUUGGAUGGGCGUCCCUGCUGCUCUGAACACAACCCUAAGGCUCCAGUGGCACCAGAGUAUUGGAGCAAGAUCAAACGCCGAUUGGAACAGCAGCAUCCCGAGGAAGAGUCAAAGGAAUGAACUUGUAUUUCCAAAACAAAACAAAAACCCAACUCACCCGUACCCCACUGAGUGGCAGUUCCUUGUGAAUUUGGAUCAAGUUCCAUGGCAGUCUCCAUCUUGUCUUCGUAACUGCCUUCAUGGAACUCCAGUAGGGACCAUCUGCUUUCAAGUGGCGGUUAGCAGCCUGUGGCACCCGUGGUCCAAUCUUGUUUGCUCUUGGGCAUGUGUCCAUCAGGCCUUUGCAGAAUGGAAGGAAGUGUCUUGGCCGCCUGUUAGAAGAGGAGACUUUCUGACAUUGAAAAAAGACAUCAUGUUUAAAGUAUGUUCUUUGAGUGUAGAAACAAGACAUAGCAAGAUAUUUAUUUAUUUAAUUUUUAAUGAACUUUGGAGGAUUUUCUGGUCCUAUUACAGUCAAUGUGUCUAAAAGGAGUAGCAAUACCAGCCCGGUAUCUAUCUAUGUAUCUGUAACCCCCACCCCCACCCCCACCUACUUUUAGAACUAUGAGAAAUAACCCCUCUUACCACACCAGUGGCCUUUCAGAGGAAUCUGUUAGGGGGUGGAGCAAAAGCUUAUUGUGGCAAUUGACAGAUGCCUCCAUUCCAGUAAGUUAACCAGGGCAAGAGUUUUGAGGCAGGAGGUUGGUUUGUGUCACUAACUUUUCAGUGAGUGAACAAUGAUCAUGAUACCAGAAAUUCUCCCACAGGAAACCAGAUGUGAUCCACUUAUUCCUGGAACGUGGUUCUGUUUUAACAACACUAACCUUUCAACAGCUUCAAAAAGCACAAUCCAUGUUUCAACAGGGCUUGUGCAGGAGAAGCUUCUGAUGGCCUGUGCCCAUAAUCAAUAUUGGUGCCCACUAUUAUUGUGUGAAAAGGCUGUAGGUGAUCUAUGGGUACCUCACAUUAUGCCUACUCUCCAGUUGAAUUAUGUAUAGGUCACUUUUCUACCAUGCUUGAAUUUUAAGGCAAUUAAGCUGGUAAGAUUGAAGCAGUGCUAUUAUUGACAGACGGGAAAAAUGGUGAUUUUCUUUCUGCACACCUUGGGCUCCAAGAUUGUUUCCUAGCAGGGUUCCAACAGACUUAGGUUGUGGAUCAUGUCCUGAAUAAGACUUCUAACCUUGUCCUGUGGGGUUUCCAGUAAUAUUAGCCCGAUCAUGCUUUGUCUUUUAAAUUUGAGAGGCAGAAUUUAGCCUGGGGUGUGUGUGUGUUGUUUCAUGGUGCUUGUCUGGGAUCUAAUAGCCUUGUGUUCCUAGUCCAAACUUCCUUGGUUUUCAAAGGAACUAGAAUGCCAAGGAUACUCUGCAGUUUACAUAUUCAUGGGUCUCUGGUUGUCUUGGAUAUGUAGCUUGUUCAAAUGGAAUCUCGUCAUGGAAUAAGGAUGAACACCUGAUUUUAAUCCAAUAUUGUAUUCUUAGAAAGCACUUCCUUAACUGUACAAGGUAUAAAAUGCUGACAAGCUCAGUCACACAAAACAAUAUGCCAGGAAUUACCUUGUUAGACGUUCUUCACAUGUUCACAUAGCACUGAAAUGAUUAACCAUUUACACUUAUUUUCUUCCAAUGGGUGCUCUAAAUGUCUCCUGAAAGCAAUUAUUUUUUGAUAGUGCAGACACUUAGCUGGAUUAUAACUGCACUGAUUAUGUUCAGUUUUAGACAUAGACCAGCUAGUGCCAGAAAACAGCUAGGCAGGUGACUUCUCAUGAUACUUGGGUUACAUUGCUCUUCAGCCUUUCUAAUAGGCUUUUUAUUCUCCCCCCCCCCUUUUUUUUUAAUGCCUUGAAUCUAAGAGAAAAGAAAACGGAAUUUGCUUUCCUGGAUUGUAAAGGCAUACACAUAUUUCAACACUACAUUUAUUUAAAUGUUCUUUAGCUUUAGUUUAGUUUGCAGCUUCUUUCUCCCUUACCCCCCAAAGACUCUGUAGUUUUGCAGCAUAUUCCUGAAGAUCUUUAUAGGGAAUCGGACAGUACAAAGCCCUGAAGGAAGAUGCCAGGCACAUCAUUACGUGAGACUAAAGGGGAGGGGAAAAUUAAACACUACAUUUUGUUUUAGAAUUUAAUUUUCUGAAUGUUAUUUUUGACAACUUUUUGAGGAGGCAGAGGAAGAAUUCUUUGGAAAACAACUUUGCCCUAAUCUAAAACUCCCAAGUGCUUUCCUUGCCACCGUUUCUUUAAAGCUGCUCUGCCCAGUUGAUGGAAGUCUGGUAGGCUCAGAAUGUUGCAAGCACUAUAUAUACUGACUCCUUUGUGCUCUCUCCCAAACACCCAUUGUCAUUUGACUAAAAUGGAAUGGCUAGCCAGUGUCCAUAUCCCUUGACCAUGCAUUUUGAGAGGGAAAAUAGCCAGUCCCUGACUUAACCAUUGUAGGAAACAGAUGUUAUGAAGGCAAUGAUGAGUUUUGAAAUGUAGCGAGCUACUUGCAGCAGAAGAGAGAGGCUCUAUACAGAAUGCUGUAUUAGUAACAGCCAAUCUUGCAUACCACCCUGCCUUGAUACCUUGUACUGCAUAUUCCCCCUCAUCUCUUCCUCCUUGUCCUCUGCCUCUCCAAACUGUCAUGUACAGCUUCAUUCCUGUUCUUUUCAUAUGGUUUAGAACAGUGGUUCCCAACUGGAGGGUUUCCAGAUGUUGCUGAAUUACAGCUCCAAUCAUCCCCAGCUGGGGUGAUGGGAGUUGUAGUUCAGCAACAUCUGGAGGCCCCCCAGGUGGGAAACCACUGGUUUAAAAGUGGGGAAAGCCUGUUGUAGUUGGUUGAAGCAACCUCACUUCCUAAUAGAGUGACAGGCCAAGAAGAUAAUUAUGGUUGGCAUGUCACCUUGAGUUCAGCUUUUUGGGGAAAGGCAACUAAAAUAUCUCUAGAAAUAAAAAGAAUACACUGUGGUUGGGGUUAGUGGGUGGCUCGCUAUUAGGCAAUCUCCACAGGGUCAGCCCCCAAGGCUGUUGAGCCAAGGGUAAGGCAGCCCUAACCAUGGAAUAAAUAGUAACUUCACUGCCAUGUCACUUUAGAGCUUUAACUUUAUUGCCUCAGACUUCUUUCAGCUAAAGUUGCAUAAAGUAGGUAAAGGUAUCUUAUUGGAUGGGACCUUUUAGUUUUAUUAUUUUUUAGAGGCUUUUGAACCCCAUGAAGGUUCUUCAUCCACCUAAGUUGUCUGUGAGAUUAACUCAGAUCUUAGCUGGGCAGAUCACGAGUAUUUUUAAAAGGCUUCAUUAUUACUGAGUUUUUAGCACUUGGCUUUAAAAAAGAACACAUGGACUGAAAAGCAACAAGAAGGCUUUUCCUUUGAAAACUGCAGAGCUACAGUAUUCUGUGACACAUUUUUAAGUGUUUUAUAACUACUAAUCAUGAAAUGAAGAGUGUUUCGAUAUGAGAAGUAGCAACAUUUAAUACUCUUGGAUUUUUUUGGUGUCUCUGUGGCUUUUUAAUGAUUUAGUCAACUUGCCUCUUUCAAAUGAGCUCUUGAAGCAUUGCCAUUUAUUGGAAAUGGGGUUGAGCCAAUUUGAGACUUGUAUGUCACAAAGCUGGCUUUCUUGUACCAACCACAUGCCUGACAAAUAGGCAUUCCCUCCCACUUGUGCAUGCUUGUCUAGAAACUCUUUGGCAGAGAGGUGGACUAAGCACAAUUAUUUUAUCCAUUGCCUUAUUUUUUUGUUUCUACUAAAUGAAUUUUAUGGUAGGCUGUAAGACUUUUUGCAAGCAGCUAGUACAUAUGUCUAGAACGCUGUAUGCACAAGUGACUCUGGGUGAUGUCUAGAGCUGUUUAGGGUUUACUUUACUAGGACUCUCCCUGUAAAGCACGCACCUUAAUUGAGAGCAGAGUAUCGCUUAACUUGCUCCAUAAUGGGGCAAGCAGUAGAAUACUGCCGCUUUCUGUUCUUGUUAACGUAGCCAUUGGAGUACAAGAAUGGAGGAUGCUUUGCAGUUCAGGAUUGCUAGCUAUAGGGCAAGAGUUCCUAACCUUGAGUCCCCAGAUUUUGUGGGAGUACAGUUCCUACUAUCCACAGACCAUGGUGGUGGGGAUGAUGGGGGCUGCAGUCCAGCCACACCUGGGGACCCAAGGUUCCUUACCUUGCUGUAGGGUAAGGAAGGAGGUUUUCCACGUGAACAUCACAGAGGCUCAGGACUGCUUCUCACAUUGCCAUCUUGGUAGCACACAUGUGUCUUAUGGCAGUACACCUUCUUAUCUGCAGGUGCAUGAAAAGGUACUAUGAAAACAACUAUAUCCAUAAAGCCCGAUAAACAGUAAACCAUGCUGCAGGUAUCUGGAUGCGCACAAGAUGUGUUCUGAUGAACACUGUUGUGCUUGAAGGAAGGACUUGUCUGUGUGAAUGCCACAUUCACAGACACCAAAGAAAUGCCGUUGGUGGCCACUCCCUCUGUCCUCUCUGUAUUUCUAGAACUGCAGGUUCUCAUCAAGUGUGUUUUUACUUUUUUAAAAUUUUACAUCCUGGAUGUGCACAAGAUGUCUUCUGAUGAACCCUGUUGUGUUUUGAAGGAGGGACAUGUCUGUGUGAGUGCUACAUUCACACACACACACCAGAGGAAUGCAGUUGUCUGCAGUGCCCUCUGUAUAUUUCCAGAUAUGCAGGUUCUCAUCAAGUGUGUUCACAGAAUCCACAAAUGGUUGACAAUCAGGAAGCACUUCUGCCAUGACAGGUGGCCCUUCAUGAGAACAAUCUGAAUUGUAACCUGCUUUGGAUCUCUCUCUCUCUCUCUCUCUCUCUCUCUCUCUCUCUCUCUCUCUUUAAAGAGAAAGGCAGCAAGAAAAGUAAUAAUGAAUAGGCAUGGAAACAUCCAUCUGCACUGUCUUUUUUUCAUGCAUUUCUGGAAAUGAGAGUGAUUUGGGGCUGUGUCAAGACACAAGUCUGCUGAUGUGAAUGAAUUCAGAGCUGUGUUUUAAAACAAGUGUUACUGUAGGCUGUCUCUUUAAUAUGUAUAAUACAGGCACACAGUUCAUACAUGGGAGGGUUUUAGGAGCCCUCAAGUCCAUAGUCAUGCACUUAAGAUGCAGUGUGAGAAAUGGCCCUUUGGAAAUUCCAUUAAGUUGAGGUAAAAAAGCGGGGUGGGCGUUUCAUUGGUUUUUCCACUUGAACUCUUUGCUUCUAAUACAUGCAGGUGUUGUUGGCAAGAUGUAAUUACUGGAAAAUGAUUGACAGUGAACUUCUAACCAUCAUGACUGUAUAUACCGAGACAUUAUCGGGGGGGGGGAUGUCUGCCGCUGGUACGAAUUUAGUCACUUUAACAUUGAAACUUCUGCCUCAUUUUAUUCAGGGUUUAAUGUACUUGAAGUCGUUCACAUUCUUACUUUACAGCUUGUGUUUUAUUUAUGCAUUUUUAUAUGAUAUUGUGAGUGUCUCUUUUCCUGCCUUAACAUUGAGUUUAAAGUUGAUUUCCGCUUCCAUUGCACGGUAUUGGGCACAAGGCACAUAGAAAGGAUGUGGAAAGGAGGUGCCUCCUUUUCCUCUGUCUGAGAGAGGGAGGCAGAGCACAAGCAAUUGUUCUGAGACAUCAGCAGCAUGUUUACUUCUCAAUAUUAAAGUAGAUCUCCUCUUCCUCUCUCCUACUCGCUUUACGCAUUUCAGCAAAAACAUUUGCACUUAAUAAAACACUCCUGGAUGUAUUGUAGAUAGCUUUUGGGCUGAAAAAGUCAGCUUCCUGUUUUCUGUUUGCAUAACUUAGUGAAGGGAGGCAUCCUUGGGUUUUGAAAAUAAGGUCGGAGGUAAUGUGCAGCUGUGUUCCAUGUUGCAGCCUUGGAAGACAGUCUGCCAUGCAAUACUGGUGUGUGUUUUCUGGGGUUCCCCCCCCCCGUGGGGUUUGAGGCAGAAACCACAAGCCUCAUUUAGAGGAGCAGAGGAUGUUCAGCAAUGGUGCUGGGUGUAUUUGCAUCCUGAAUCCGUUAUGUGUAACUUUAUUUCAAAUAAAAAAAAUUCCAUUUUGCCAAAGCCAUCCUCCAUUUGCUGCUUCCUCUGUGGAAAUAAUGACAAUUGCACACAGGCCAUUUCUACUGGGUUCGCCUUCAACUUUUGGAAAGAAGCAAGCAGCAUGUUGUAUCCAUUUCUAAACACCUGCCCCACAGCCCUGGCACUGGACAUGCUUAAGGAAUCUUUUUUUAUUAAUAACUAACUGGAUGAAAACUAUUGCACUUGCUUCAUAUUCAUUUUGAUCUGUAUCUGUGUCAUUUCUCUUCCCCUGCCUCCCCACUGUUGUUGUUUUUUAAAGCAAAUACUCAUGUUGCCAUUUGAAAACCAAGAUGGUAAAAUAGCUGUUAUAACUGGCUAGUAACAAGACUGUGUCUUUUUAUUCCUUAUAAAGAUAUGUGCUUAUUCUGGGGUUGCUACUUUAAAAAAUAAAUCCAUUUGUACCCACACACGUGAACGUGCACAACAGACACCAAUACCAACAGUUUGUCUCCAUUCCCGUGUAACCUUUAUCUGUAACAAUGACUUUGUAGAAUCGUUAUUUCUGUAGAUCUUGUUACUAUGUACCAAACUUUGUAGAUUCUGUGAAAUGUUAUUUUAACAAAAAUCACCAGAGUCUUUAAUAGCAAAAUCAUUGAUAUUCACUUAAAAGUCAAUACAGUAUCUUAGGAGUUUCUUGAACACAAGGAGAAGCUCUUGGACACUAACAAGUAGUGUUAAUUUUCCCUGGGGGUGUUCCGUGGGGACAUUACUGUAUUAUUACUUGAUGUUGCUGCGUAGACUUUGAGACUUAACAACAUUUUGGGUUUUUUUGUUGUUUAGCCUAUGUUCUCUUGCAUAGUGUGAAAUCUAUAAAGCUUGAUUAACCUGUAUAUAGAUAGCUCAUUGUUUACUAGUCAUAGUGUAUCUAGAAUUGCCUGUAAUAUUUUAGCUUCUUACUGAAUGUGAGUGAUGGUAGGAACAUAUAAUUUUUGUACAUUAUAUUUACUGAGAUGUUGCCUUUUUUAUUUUACAAAUACUUUGGAAUUCAGAUGUGGUUUUGCUUCUGUGAGAAUUAAUUUGGAAAGGUUUUUAAAAUGACAUUCCACUGAUUAAAUCUUUGCUUGAGGUUGACUUCAAUAAAUUGUUCUGAAUGUUCCAAUUAAA